CAUGUCUCAGCCCGCCCAGCUGGCUCGGGAGGCCAAAGCAACGGUGGCGUGCCGGGCUUGAGCUGCCGACUGACAUAAAGGGGACUGGAUGGGCUGUGGCUCUUGAAGGGAAGGAAACCUUGUUACCUUUGUCUUCUGCUUUGGUCGGUCAGUGUGUAUGAAGCUGCGGUUGAGGCUGAACGACGCCAGGAAGACGCCGCCCCGGCAGCAGAACAAGACUACAGGGCCAGACACACAACUUUGCCUCACACGCACGCAGCGAUAACAGAAAUCGAGUCACAGGAGGCACGGGCAACCAUGUCUGCAGCAGUCGGACCGGCAGCGGACUCGGAGCAGCCAAGCUUGCUGCUGUCGUCGUCUGCUUCCUCGGCUACGACAAGGACGCCAUCACGACGCCCGUCGCGAGCAGCAGCAGCUAGUACCAUGGGAGCAGGUUCGACAACCACAGAGUUCCAUGUGCCCCCUGGCAAGAAGAUCCUCGUGGCGCUGCCCGAGGACGCAGCGCGACUGAGGGCAAAGUACAAAGGCGCCGCCGGCGCGACCACGACGCGGGCCGACAGGCACAGCAAUGGCGAGAACGAGGACGGCGACGACAAGGACAUACAAAUCGAGAUUGUGGUGCACGGAUCGUCCGAGCAUUCCGCGCACCUGCACUCGGCGCGCCGGCACCACGAGGCGCGCCGCGAGGAGUUUGCGCGGCGGUUCGGGGCCGACUUUGACGAGUGGGAGAGCACGCAGAGCGCGCUGGACGAGGUAAACCGCCAGCUGGAAGGGCUGGUGGAGCACGAGGCGCCGAGCGCGCUGAGUGCGAAUUUCGACCGGUUUGGAUAUUCUGCCACGCUCAAGACCUAUGCCGUCCACCCUGGACGAGAGUCGACACCUGGCUCGAGCCGUGCUAGUCUCAAUGGCAGCGACUCUGACAGCGGCACGUUGCGCAACUGGGAUGACACCUCUGGCGGGCGGACGAUUCGGCUUUUCCAGCGGCCUGUCAUCAAGCAGUACUUUCACAAGGGCCUGCUCUGGCGGAACAGCGAGCAGACCGAGGUGAUGAGCUUUGAGCUCUUCUUUGAGCUCAUCUAUGUCGGCAUCAUUCACUACAAUGGCGAGCAUGUGGCCGACAAGACGGACGCCCUGGAAAUCGGCCGCUUCAUCAUCACCUUCGUCAUGAGCUGGCAGGUCUGGUCAGACGUCCAGCAGGGCAUCAGCUGGUUCCAGGCGGACGACGUAGUCCAGAGAGUCUACAUCUUGUUCAUCAUUGCUUGCCUGCUUGGCUUCACCACCAACAUGACCGGCACCUUCAACGCCGAGUAUGACACCUACACCCAGCUUGUUGGCUUCUAUGUUGCAGCCAGGCUCGCCACCGCGCUCUUCUAUAGCGUCUCCAUCGUCCUCUUGCCCCUCAUCAAGGGCUUCAUGCUGUCUCAGGUCAUUCUCAUUGUGAUCCCGAGCAUGAUCUGGAUUGGCAGCAUCUUUGUCGACCUUCCUUCGCGCUUCGCCCUGAUCGCUAUCGCUUGGCUACUCGACUACUCCGGCCCGUCUGUGCUCCUCUACCUGUUCGCAUGGACAAGACCCUCGGAGAAACCCAGGUCCAAACGCAUGGCAAAGUUCUACGACUUCUGGCCGGCCAUCAACAUCGAGCACCGUGUCGAGCGAACCAAUGCCUUUGUUGCGCUCGUCAUCGGCUGGGCUGUCGUCGCUCUGCUGUACCAGAAUGCCGCAUUCGGUUUCAACGCCAUCCUCGGGAAGGCCAUCAUCGGGCUCGUCCAAGCCUUCGUCUUCAACUGGAUCUACUUCGAGGUCGACGGUGAAAACCUCCACCUGCACGCCAUCCGCCGCAGCGGCUGGAGCUCCGCACUAUGGAGCAUAGCCCACCUGCCCUUCAUCUGCGCGUAUACUCUGUCCUCGGCGGCCAUGUCCAAGAUUGUCGUCGCCCACGACUCCAUCAACUCGGACCCACACUCCCUCGAGGAGUACUACGCCCACAACUCGAAGCCCUACGUCACCCAGGGCGUCCGCUGGGCGUACUGUGUCGGGCUGGCCAUCGCGCUGCUGCACAUGGGCCUCAUCAGCAUGAGCCACGUGCACAAGGUGCCCCCUGGCAUGCGCGUGCCCAAGAAGUACCGGAUGCUGAACCGCGGCGUCGUGUGCGUCAUCUUCUUCUGCCUGCCCCUCGCGGGCGACGCGCUCGACUCGCUCCGGCUCGUGGCCGUCACCAUGUUGCUCAUGGUCUGGGUCUUGCUGCUCGAGAUCUGGGGCAAGUCGUGCUCCGACCAGACCUGGUGCGGCAACGGCCUGAAAGCCGGGCAGUGCCGGGCAAGGUACGAGGCGCGGUGCUCGAAGAAGACGCUGGAAAAGGCCCUGAUGCAGGAGAAGGAAGAUGCUGCUGGAGACGAUGCGGAGUCGGGACGGCUUGGUGAUGUCCACGCCGAAGCACAGGAAAAGAGUGAGCGGCGCAGGGACAAGAACGGUGAUGAGCCGGAGAUUGAGGUGUUGCAGCUGAGUCGCAAGGAGAAGACUGCCGUUGCCUGAACUCAGAAGAAUGAGAUUGAGUGCAGUGACGAAGAGCGAUCAGAAACAGUAGUCAACAGCCGGUGAGGUUUUAAAUUUUCCCAUACAUCAUUGAAAACUAGACUGAGUGACGGAACUCGACAAUAAUCCAAAAGAAAAAGAUAUGAGCCAAUAACACAGUCUGUACUUGUGACAGAAACCAAAUGACCAUGACAGG